CCCAUUUUUAAACUGGAUUAUUUUUUCAAUUACUGAGUUGGAAGAUACAGUGAAAGACAUGAAGAGGAGGAAUAAUAAAAUCUAUCAGUUGGUGUCAGCUAAGCAAAAAGGAGAAAAUAAAUAUUACUUAUCCCUACUUUACAGAUGAGGUAAUGCCCAAUAAUGCUAGUGAGUGGCAGAGCUAGGAUUCAAGCUAAGUUUGAUUCCAAAAGGCCGCUCUUAGUCUUAACCAAGAAUGACCAGUGCUUCCCUGAGCUCUUUUAGUUUAGUUCCUUGCCCCUAAUUCUCCUAAGUUGCUAUGAUCUCUCAUCAAACUCCGUCUGUGGCCCGCCCUGCGCUUCUUGCCGAACUUCUUCGGAGGCGCCAGCAGAUGGCGCUGAGGCCCCCACAGGCCGCUCUGUCCGGCGUGCGCUUGUCUGUGGUGCCCGUGUGCAGGCGUCGCCGCUGCGCUUCCGGGCGCCGUUCAAGGUGAGCCAGGGUCUCCGAGAAUCUGCUCGCACUCCGUUCUCUUCACUCACCUUUCCCGAAGGGAACCAUCCCCCGCAGCUCGCAGCCUGGCGUGCCAAGUACCGAAGCCAGGGUACCCAAGAGAAGGCCGGGUAUCCACCAGAGGAAGCAGAGCCGUCCGGACGUGUGGGUCCCCGCGAGGCCCCACCGGCUCUAGACCCUGCGACUCUGCUUGGCUGCGCGGGCAGGAUGCAGAAGAUCUCGGUGCUGCUCUUCCUGGCCUGGGUCUGCUUCCUCUUCUACGCUGGCAUUGCUCUCUUCACCAGUGGCUUCCUGCUCACCCGUUUGGAACUCACCAACCAUAGCAGCUGCCAAGAGCCUCCAGGCCCUGGGUCCCUGCCAUGGGGGAGCCAAGGGAAGCCUGGGGCCUGCUGGAUGGCUUCUCGAUUCUCUCGGCUUGUGUUGGUGCUGAUAGAUGCUCUGCGAUUUGACUUUGCCCAGCCCCAGCCCUCACACAGUCCUGGAGAGCCUCCUGUCUCUCUGCCCUUCCUGGGCAAACUGGACUCCUUGCAGAGGAUCCUGGAGAUUCAACCCCACCAUGCCCGGCUCUACCAAUCUAAGGCUGAUCCCCCCACCACCACCAUGCAGCGCCUCAAGGCCCUCACCACAGGCUCACUGCCUACCUUCAUCGAUGCCGGCAGUAACUUUGCCAGCUAUGCCAUAGUGGAAGACAAUCUCAUGAAGCAACUCGCCAGUGCAGGAAGGCGUGUGGUCUUCAUGGGAGAUGAUACCUGGAAAGAUCUAUUUCCUGGAGCUUUCUCCCAAGCUUUCUUCUUCCCAUCCUUCAAUGUCAGAGACCUGCACACAGUGGACAAUGGCAUCCUGGAACACCUCUAUCCAACCAUGGACAGUGGUGAAUGGGAUAUGCUGAUUGCUCACUUCCUGGGUGUGGAUCACUGUGGCCACAAGUAUGGCCCUCAUCACCCUGAAAUGGCCAAGAAACUUAGCCAAAUGGACCAGGUGAUCCAGGGACUUGUGGAGCGUCUGGAAAAUGACACACUGCUGGUCGUGAUUGGGGACCAUGGGAUGACCAUGACUGGGGACCAUGGAGGAGACAGUGAGCUGGAGAUCUCGGCUGCACUUUUUCUCUACAGUCCCAAAGCCCUCUUUCCUGGUGCCCCACCAGAGGAGCCGGAGAUAGUUCCUCAAAUCAGCCUUGUGCCUACGCUGGCCCUGCUGCUGGGCCUGCCCAUUCCAUUUGGGAACAUCGGGGAGGUAAUGGCUGAGCUGUUCUCAGAGGUUGAAGACUCCCAGCCUCACUCCUCUGCUCUGGCCCAAGCCUCGGCUCUCCAUCUCAAUGCCCAGCAGGUAUCCCGAUUUCUUCACACCUACUCAGCUGCUGCUCAGGACCUUCAAGUUAAGGAGCUUCAUCGGCUGCAGACCCUUUUCUCCAAGGCCUCUGCUGACUACCAGCGGCUCCUGCAGAGGCCCCAGGGGGCUGAGGCAGCACUGCAGACUGUGAUUACUGAGCUGCAGCAGUUCCUGCGGGGAGUUCGGGCCAUAUGCAUUCAGUCUUGGGCUCGUUUCUCUCUGGGCCGCAUGGCAGGGGGUGCUGCUCUCAUGGCUGCUGCCUGCUUUCUUUGCCUGCUGGUAUCCCAGUGGGCAACAUCCCCAGGCUUCUGCUACCGCCCCCUCCUAACACCCAUGGCCUGUGGUCUGGCUGGUACCAUAGUGUGUGCUGGACUCUUGACAACUACUGGGCUGAAGCUGGAUCCAGUGGUUCUAGGGGCCAUGGCUGCAGCAGGCUCACUCCUGCCUUUUCUGUGGAAAGCCUGGGCUGGCUGGGGGUCCAGGAGGCCCCUGGUAGCCCUGCUUCCCAUCCCUGGGCCUGUCCUGUUAUUCCUGCUCAUUCGCUUUGCUGCUUUCUUCUCUGAUAGCUUUGUUGUAGCUGAGGCCAGGGCCACCCCCUUCCUUUUGGGCUCACUCAUCCUGCUCCUGAUUGCCCAGCUUCAUUGGGAGGGCAAGCUGCUGCCACCUAAGCUGCUCACAAUACCCCGCCUUUGCUUUUCGGCCUCGACAGGCCCACCACGGCACAAUGGCACACAUGCUCUGGGACUUGGAGUCGGGUUGCUUUUAUGUAUAAGGCUAGCUGGGCUUUUUCAUCGCUGCCCUGAAGAGACACCUGCUUGCCAUUCCUCUCCCUGGCUGAAUCCCUUGGCAUCCAUGGUGGGUGGUCGAGCCAAGAAUUUGUGGUAUGGAGCUUGUGUGGGGGCUUUGGUAGCCCUGUUAGCUGCCGUGCGCCUGUGGCUUCGCCGCUACAGCAAUCUCAAGAGCCCUGAGCCCUCUGUGCUCUUUGUGCGCUGGGGGCUGCCCUUGAUGGCACUGGGCACUGCUGCCUACUGGGCACUGGUGUCGGGGGCAGAUGAAGCACCCCCGCGUCUCCGGGCCUUGGUUGCUGGGGCGUCGGUUGUGCUGCCUAGGGUUGUGGCAGGGCUGGCUGCUUCAGGGCUCAUACUGCUGCUCUGGAGGCCUGUGACAGUGCUGGUGAAGGCUACGACGGGUGCCCCAAGGACCAGGACUGUCCUCACUCCCUUCUCAGGGCCCCCCACUUCUCGGGCUGACCUGGAUUAUGUGGUACCUCAGAUCUACCGACAUAUGCAGGAGGCGUUCCGGGGCCGUCUAGAGAGGACCAAAUCCCAAGGUCCCCUGACUGUGGCGGCCUGUCACCUGGGGAGUGUCUACUCAGCUGCUAUGGUCAUGGCUCUCACUCUCUUGGCCUUCCCACUUCUGCUAUUGCACGCAGAGCGCAUUAGCCUUGUGUUCCUGCUUCUGUUUCUGCAGAGCUUCCUUCUCCUGCAUCUGCUUGCUGCUGGGAUACCCAUCACCACCCCUGGUCCUUUUACUGUGCCAUGGCAGGCAGUCUCUGCUUGGGCCCUCAUGGCCACGCAGACCUUCUACUCCAUGGGCCACCAGCCUGUCUUUCCAGCCAUUCAUUGGCACGCAGCCUUCGUGGGAUUCCCAGAGGGUCAUGGCUCCUCCACCUGGCUGCCUGCUCUGCUGGUGGGAGCCAACACCUUUGCCUCCCAUCUCCUCUUUGCAGUAGGUUGCCCAUUGCUUCUGCUCUGGCCUUUCCUCUGUGAGAGUCAAGGGCCCCGGAAGAGGUGGCAGCCCCUAGGGAGGAAUGAAGCUGAAGCCAGAGUCAGGCCUGAGGAGGAGGAGGAGCCACUGAUGGAGAUGCGGCUCCGGGAUGCACCUCAUCACUUCAAUGCAGCACUGCUGCAGCUGGGCCUCAAGUACCUCUUUGUCCUUGGCAUUCAGAUUCUGGCCUGUGCCUUGGCAGCCUCCAUCCUCCGCAGGCAUCUCAUGGUCUGGAAGGUGUUUGCCCCCAAGUUCGUUUUUGAAGCCAUGGGCUUUAUUGUGAGCAGCGUGGGACUGUUCCUGGGCAUAGCUUUGGUGAUGCGAGUGGAUGGUGCUGUGAGCUCCUGGUUCAGGCAGCUAGUUCUCACCCAGCAGAGGUAGCCUAGGCUGCUAAUGCUGGCUUCUGGCCGCAGGGAGAGCUGGAGAACAAUCUAGUCUGGCCUAUAUAGGUGCUGGAUCAUCUGCAAGAGAGGCUUAGCUAUACACUUCCUACCACCAUGCAGCCAGGAGCUACUGACAUCGGGACUUUAUUAUUUUAUAAUUCAAAAUCAUAGUGGGGCCUGCUUCCUAACUCCUGCUUUGGAGGGUGGCCUCCAAAGGAGAAUAAAAUACUAAUGUAAAUAUGUGUGUCUGAGAGGUGGGGGAGUCCCCACUGUCCUAUAGGGACUAGGGGGAGGGUCAUUCUCCCCUCCCAUGAGGCACAGAUAACAUCAGCCAUCUUAUGCAGACCUGGGUACACCUGAAAACCUUUGGGAAGUGGUUGAAGUUGUCUGAAUUCACUUACGCUACUUCUUCCCAAAUCACUCCUGUCAUCCCACCUGCCAUUUUUCUUUGUCAUGUAACAUAUUUUAUUAAAAUCUUAUGCUUUGGCUGAUAGCAGAGAUGGCUGGAAAGACAAGCCCAGGCAUCAUGGAGUACCCAGACUCACUGUCUAAAACCCCAAACAGUGCUGUAUUCCCUCCUCUCUUGGGUUCUUUCACUCUGGAACACCCUCUGCCCUUUACUUCUGUGGAGGCCACCCUAGCGUUCUCUCAUUUAUCAGACCUAAUGGCCCAUCUGACAUAGCAUUCCAUCUUGUCCCAUUGAUUAUUCUCGACUUGAAGCCAAAACUAUACAUUUUUUUUUUUUAAGAUUUUGUUUAUUUGACAGAGAGAGACACAGCAAGAGAGGGAACACAAGCAGGGGGAGUGGGAGAGGGAGAAGCAGGCUUCCCGCCAAGCAGGGAGCCCGAUGCAGGGCUCGAUCCCAGGACCCUGGGACCAUGUCCUGAGCCUAAGGCAGACGCUUAACGACUGAGCCACCCAGGCACCCCCAAAACUAUACAUUUAAUGCUUGUCUUGUGCUCUCCAUCCACGUCACUACUGUGUCACAUUGAAGUGCUGGCAUGAAAUUCUCAUGAAAAUGUCCAUCAAAGGAGGGUGCAGGGAGACUCUCAGGAGAGGGAUCAGGCCUGGGAUUUGAUGUUUGAGAAUGUCCAAGACAGGAGGAGAUGAAACAGAUGAAAGAAGAACAGAUGUAAAAUUGUGGAAUAGCACUUUUACUUGGCAGAAAGAAGACACGCUGCAUAGCAGUGAUUGUGAAGGAAAGGCGUUCACUGCUGUGGGAGCUAAAGGAAAAGUUGUAAUUAUUAUUGGCUAAUAGUCUCUAGUGCUACAUGGGUCAAACAGAAAGAUGAUGAGAAGUGUUUACUGUUUCAGGCAAUUAGAGGAUAGGACAUUGGUAACCCUGGCAGGAAUAGGCUAAUAAUGAGAGAGAAGUUAGGCCCCAGCUAAGACUAAAAGAUGAAUUAGAAAAAAGUCCCUUUGCCUCUUUCAAUCUGGCGGAUACCAUUCCAAAGCAUCAAACACACAGUGCCUCUGUGAGAAGAAAAGACCUUAUUUCAUCCGUAGCACCCAUGGGAAGGAUUUCAAGACUCCAGUCCCUUACCCUGUCCUAGGGUGUCAGGUUCCACCCUCUCUCUCUUUUUUUUUUUUUUUUUUGCAGAGAGCCUGCUUUCCUGAAGCCUAAGGGAAAUAUGCUGGUCUGCCAACCAUUGGCUACUCCCUUUUCUCCUGAUCUAACUACAAGAUCCUUUUGGAGAAAGAUAUAUUAUUAAAAAUUCUUAUCCCUGACUCUUUUUUUUUAAGAUUUUAUUUAUUUGCGAGAGAGAGAAUGAGAGACAGAGCAUGAGAGGGAGGAGGGUCAGAGGGAGAAGCAGACUCCCUGCUGAGCAGGGAGCCCGACGUGGGACUCGAUCCCAGGACUCCGGGAUCAUGACCUGAGCUGAAGGCAGUCGCUUAACCAACUGAGCCACCCAGGCGCCCCUUAUCCCUGACUCUUAAUUGACAUCAAAGCACCUGUUCCACACUAACUCAUUAUUUUUUUAAAGAGCUUUACUGAGGUAUAAUUCACAUAAAAUUCGGCCAUUUAAAGUACACAAUUCAGUAAUUUUUGGUAUAUUCGCAGAGUUGUACAACUGUCAGCACAGUCAAUUUCAGAACAUUUUCAUCACACCCAAAAGAAAGUCAGUACAUUUUCCUAUCACCCUCUCACCCUCCCCUCCUCCAUCCCUAACCUUAGGCAACCACUAAUCUGCUUUCUGACUGUAUUUUCUAUUCUGGACAUUUUAUAUAAAUGGAAUCCUACAGUAUGUAUCCUUUUCGGUCUGGCUUCUUUCACUCAGCCUAAUGUUUUCAAGGUUCAUCCAUGUUGCCUCAUGUAUCAGUAUUUCAUUUCUUUUUUAUGGCCAAAUAAUGUUCUAUUGCAUGGAUAUAUCACAUUUUGUUUAUCCAUUCAUCCAUUGAUGGCCAUUUGGGUUCUUUAUACCUUUUGGUGUUUACAAAUAAUGCUGCUAUGAACAUCCAUGUACAAGUUUUGUUUGAACAUAAUGUUUUCAUUUCUUUUUGGUUUAUACCUAGUGGUAUACUGUGGAAUUGCUAGGUCAUAUGGUACAUCUAUGUUCAACUUUUUGAGGAACUGCCAAUUUGUUUUCCAAGGCUGCUGCACCACUUAAUAUUCUCUCUUAGUGUACAAGGGUACCAAUUUCUGCACAUCUAUGCCUUUAUGUACAAUUAUUUAUUUUUUAUUCUAACCAUCCUAGUGGGUGUUAGAAGUGGUAUCUCAUGGUUUUGGUUUGCAUGUUCUUGAUGACUAAAGAUAAUGAGCAUUUUUCUUGUGUUUAUUGGAGAACUGUCCAUUCAGAGCCUUUCUCCGUUUAUUAAUUGGGUUUUCUUCUAAUUUUUGAUUUACAAGCAUUGUUUAUAUAUUCUAGAUGUAAGUACCUUGUCUGAUACAUGAUUUGCAAAUAUUUUAUUCAUUCCGUGCGUUGUGUUUUCAUUUUUUUUUUUUUUUAAGAUUUAUUUAUUUGAGAGAGAGUGUGUGUGAGUGGGGGGAGUGGCAGAGGGAGAGAAUCUCCAUCAGACGCACUGAACAUGGAGCCCAAGGCAGGGCUCGAUCCCAGGACCCUGAGAUCAUGACCUGAGCUGAAACCAAGAGGUGGAUGCUUAACUGACUGAGCCACCUCUUUUUUUUUUUUUUUUUUUAAAGUAGUGUCUACACCCAAGGUAGGGCUUGAACUCUUGACUCUGAGAUUUAAGAGACACAUGCUCUACGGACUGAGCCAGCUGCCCUAGUCUUUUCAUUUU